AUGGAGAAGACUUCCUUCCAGGAUGUGACAAAUACGGCACCGAGCAAGCGCCGGGCGCUUCCGCAGAGCGAGACACACAAGUCCGGGGAGAAGCUCGUCGUCACUGGCGCCAGCCUUGAGGAACUGUCGAGGAAGGUGGAUGAACUCUCACACAAGUUUGACGUCAUACACGACUUGUUGUCCAUGUUGGUGGUUCAGCAAUCGCAGUCGUCUUUUCCAAGACACGUGGCGGAGUCUGCAGAACCCCCGCUUCCUGCGUUUUGCGAGGAGAAAAAUGUGGUAUCUUUGUUUAACACCGCCCUCCAACAGCAGCAUCCCCAUGCGCAUCGGGGCGAUGCCGCACGGGAUGCCCAGCUGCCUGACGCGGCAACGGCCGAAGCACCAACUCCAGAGGUGCCGAGGGCGGUGGAGACGAGGGGCUACGCUCAUAAGAAGUCGCCCCCACCUGCAGUGGCGGUCCCGGGUGGAGGGCGUGGUGCCGAACAGCCUAGUUGGCCAAACUGCGACUGUUUCAUUGUAUUGGUGGAGUUCAAGUGUCAACGUAUGAAGCGCUGCGAGAGCAAUAUUUUCAUUGCCCCUGGCCAGUACGCAAUAGUGCAGGGUGACCGGGGGCUUGACUGCGGGGUUGUGAACCAGUGCAGCGAGUGGAGCGCGGAAAAGGGCUGCUUCGUUCGCGAGGCGAGCCUGGACGGCACCGUGGUGAAUGUUGCCCGAAUGAAGUCGGAUCUCAGUCGCGUUUUGCGCGUGGCGAGCGAGGAGGAGGUCGAGCGCCUCUUUGGUGAGAUUUCCCGGAAGGAGAACCUUGCACUGAAGACGUGCCGAGAGAUUGUCACACGUCUUAGGCUUGAAAUGGAUGUGGUGGACUGCGAGUACCAGUUUGACCAACAGAAGAUCAGCUUUUACUACGAAUCCUCCUGCUCCAUCGACUUUCGGCAGCUUAACAGCGAGCUCUACCGCAUCUUUGGCGUGCGCAUUUGGCUGCAGAAUGUCAACAACGCCGUGAAGAACGUCGUGCCUGCGGGGGCCAUGUCCAAGGAUGACAAGGCCCAGUACCGGAGAAGUGGACUGCACCCACCACUAAGAUAG